GGUUUCAAAGCUAGGGUUUUGCUUGCCACACUCUCUCUUCAUCUCUGGACGAAGUUGAACAUGGCGGAAGUAAUUGAUAACCAGCAGAUUAUAGAAGGGGAAGACAAGACAGCGUUGGAAGACAUGGAUGUGGAAACCAACGAAACUGUUCAAAAUCCAAACACUUCCGAAGAACACCAGGCGAACGGAGGGGAAAAACUGGAUGUGAAUGGUGAUCAGUCGUCAGAGAAUACCUCAAAUGGCGAUUCCAAGCGAGCGAGAGAAGAUGGUGGAGAUCCCGAAGAAGGUGAAGACGGUUCGAAGAAGCAAAAGGUCGAGAAGUCCGCCGAAGAAGAGCGCCUCGAGAACUUGGGGCGAAAUAGCGAGAAUGAGGAAGCCCAGGAAAAAGAUGAAGAAGAUAAUAAAUCUGGUCCUGUGAGUCUUGGUCCCAAGAGUUUCAGUUCGUCCGAGGAGAUGUUCAAUUACUUCAACAAAUUCCUCCAUCACUGGCCUCCUAAUCUCAAUGUCAACAAGUAUGAGUACAUAGUGUUGCUUGAUUUGCUUAAGAAAGGUCAUGCGGAGGUGGACAAGAAGCUUGGUGGAGGGGUCAAUGCUUUCCAGGUCCGCUACCACCCAAUGUGGAAAAGCAGGUGCUUCUUUCUUAUCAGACAAGAUGAUUCUGUGGAUGACUUUAGUUUCAGGAAAUGUGUAGAUCACAUACUCCCCUUGCCUGAUAACAUGAAAGGCAAAUUCCAUGCCAGUGAGACAUUGGGUGGAACCCAUCAUAAGGGUGGAGGUGGACGUCGUGGUGGUGGAGGAGGAAGAGGCAGUGGUGGGAGAAGAGGUGGGUAUGGUCGUAGAAGAUAA